CACAUGCACGACUCUUUCUUCCCCCCCAAAAAAAAUACUGCCACUUCCUUUUUUCUCUAUAAAAACUCAACCAUAAUCACCAAAAUACACAAUUUACUCUCCUCUUUCUUUCCCCCCCUUAAAAAUCUCAUUGCACUGUUUUCUCUCCAGAUACAGAGCAUGGCCUCUUUUGCUGCAUUACCAUCAUUCUUCAUUCUACUCUCUUUGCUCUCUGUUGCAUAUUCAGGUUCCAUUGGAAUCAAUUAUGGACGAAUUGCUAAUAAUCUUCCAUCUCCAGUUGAAGUAAUUCAGCUCCUCAAAACCCAAGGCAUUAACCGAGUAAAGCUAUACGAUACUGAUUCCACUGUUCUUACAGCUCUUUCUGGGUCCAAUAUAUCAGUUACUGUUGCUCUUCCUAACGAGCAGCUCUCUGAUGCAGCCUCUAAACAGUCUUUUACUGAUUCAUGGGUUCAAUCCAACGUUCUUCGUUAUUACCCGAAAACAGUUAUAGAAUCAAUCGCCGUUGGAAAUGAAGUGUUUGUAGACCCCAAAAAUACAACCCCAUUUCUAGUACCCGCCAUGAAAAAUGUUUAUGCAUCUCUUGUCAAAUACGGCGUCGCUUCGUCUAUCAAAGUUUCAUCCCCUGUUGCACUUAGUGCUCUGCAAAAUUCAUACCCAUCAUCAGCCGGUUCAUUCAAAACGGAUCUCAUCGAACCGGUUAUUAAACCCAUGUUGAGUUUCCUCAAACAAACGGGUUCUCAUUUAGCUGUGAAUAUUUACCCAUUUUUUGCGUAUAUAGCGAAUACAGACACGAUCUCCUUGGAUUACGCUUUGUUUCGGGAUAACAAAGGUGUAACGGAUCCCAACAAUGGACUUGUUUACAAAAGCCUUUUUGAAGCUCAAAUCGAUGCUGUUUAUGCAGCAAUGAAAGCAUUGAAUUUCGAUGAUGUGAAAAUGGCGAUUACUGAAACUGGAUGGCCUUCAAAGGGCGAUGAAAACGAGGCUGGUGCAAGUGCUGACAAUGCUGCUGCUUACAACGGCAAUCUUGUACGAAGAGUGCUUACCGGAAGUGGGACCCCUUUGAGGCCAGAUGAACCUCUUAACGUCUAUUUAUUCGCCUUGUUCAAUGAAAAUCAAAAGCCCGGGCCCGUUUCCGAAAGGAACUACGGGCUUUUCUAUCCUAAUAAACAAAAGGUUUACGAUAUUCCGCUUACUCGAGAAGGCUUAGAAGCCGUGCCCACUGUUAAUAACGGAAGUAAAAGCCAGGUGGUGACAACUCCGUCUCCGACUCCGUCGCCGGUAGAAGGCGGAGAUGUGGAGGCGAGCAAGGUGGUGAACACGUGGUGUGUGGCGAAUGAGAAAGCUGGGGCGGAGAAGCUGCAAGCGGCGUUGGACUAUGCUUGUGGUGAAGGUGGAGCUGAUUGUCGUCCGAUUCAGCCGGGUUCCACGUGUCACGAUCCUGAUACCCUUGAGGCACAUGCUUCUUAUGCGUUCAAUAGCUAUUAUCAGAAGAAAGCACGUGGGACUGGCACGUGCGAUUUCAAAGGAGCAGCCUACGUAGUCACUCAACAUCCUAAAUAUGGUAGUUGCAAGUUUCCAACUGGAUAUUGAAUUGGACAAGGGACGAGGGGGUCGACAUUCAUUUUUCUUAGUAGUAUCUUUUAUUUAUUAUUUUAGUAUUAGUAUAUAAUUUGUAGGUGGACGGUUUGUCUUAUGAUUAAUGUUGAAGUUUCCUUUUGUAAUUAUA